AUGGUGCGCUUCUCUGCUAGCAAAGUACUACGGGGGGCGAUAUGUGCCGUAGCCAUUUAUUAUGCCUACGUAGUAUGGUCACGAGGUGUAACAUCGCCAACCACCCCAUCGGCGGAUAGUGAAUCAUUCGACGCUGUCGAAGCAGACGAUCACAUAAGAGACCAGCCCAAUGAGAGAGUUCAGUUGGACCAAGGCGAUGCUAAUCACCGCAGGAGCGGUACAGCAAACAGUACUACACAACACAAGAGGAUGGAGAGAGCGGCCUCAUGGCAGCCGCCCACCGCAGAAGAGCUGCAGACAGGACUGACAGCCAUGCGACAGAACUUGAAGAUAUUCGUCUACGACAUCGAGUCAUACACCGACAACACCGGCAGACAUCCACUCGAUAUUCAAUCCACGCAAUGCGGCAUUGCCACGGGCAAUAACAAGGGCUAUGGCGUAGAGCGCUAUUUUGUGGAGAUGCUUAAGCGAAGCUCCUACGUCGCCACAGAUGCAACCGAGGCCAACCUGUUUAUGAUCCCGGUCCUUCCCUGUGCAGCCAAAUGGGAGCACACCAACAAGAAGCUCAGCAAACAACAGAACCACGAGAAGGGCAAACGGUUCUCCAUGGACUAUGUCACGGCCGCUGUGACUUUCGUCUCCACGACUUGGCCCUACCUGAGCGGUGGACGGCCGCAGUUGACAGCGGCGCAGAAAAGUUCGGUACCUUUUGGCGCAGACCACUUUUGGUUCUCAACGCACGACGGAGGAGCCACAAGAGCAUGGGAGGCACCCCACGACUUUGUCAACAACAGCAUAGCGCUGGUCAACACAGCCGAUGAGGUAAUGGCCUACAAACCCUGCUGGGAUGUGUCACUGCCAUGCAACUGCGACUUCGACCGACCACCCAAACCCAGCGAACACGAUGUUUUGUAG